CCCCCCCCCCCCACAACACCAAAGAAAAAGAACAGUUCUCACGCCGGGCGGGGCGAUGGCGGCUGACGCUGCCGAGUUGGAGCGGCGGGUGAUGGCGGCGGUGAAGGCCUCCGCGGCGCGCGGCGACCCUCCACUCCUCCAGGCCGCCGAGGCCGCGCGCUGCGCCCGGGAGGCCGCUGCUUCCGGCUCCGCCUCCUGCGGCCUCGCGCUCGCGGAGGCGUUGGUGGCGAACCUGUGCUUCGCGCACAACACGGGCUCCAUGUGGAAGCUGCUGGACCAGGCCAUGUCGUCCCGCUUGGUGCACCCUCUCCACACCCUGGCCUUGCUCACCCCGAGGGUGGUGCCGAACCGGCGGCAGCAGCCGGAGGCCUACAGGCUCUACCUCGAGCUUCUCGGUCGGUACGCGGUCGCGCCUGUUUACCCCGAACGCAUGGAAAGAAAGUCUAUGUUAGCCAAAUCUAUUGAUGAUGCUAUGCAGCUUGCAAAUAGAUAUGGCUGUCAACAUUUGGAUUUUGGACAUGCUGUUAUUCUGUUUGUGUUAAGCCUUGUUGAAAUGCUGAUUGAUUGCAUCUUAGAUGAUUGUGGAUUGCUCAAUAUCUCUACUCAUGAACAUGGUAAUAUAUAUACAAAAAAUAUGGAUUUUGGUGGCAAGGGACCACAUGACAGGGGAGAUGAGCACCGUGAACAUCUAAGGAGAAAGAAUAUACUUAUGUCUAUUGAAGUUGUUGAGAAGGCCACUGCAAAUAAAAUCGCCCAAGUCUUUCUUCGUCUUGUCUAUCUUAACACACCGGAGAAUUUCAAUUAUCUACUUCGGAAACUUCAACUAAUUGGUGCCCUUGAAUCAAAGAAUGUAUUACCUGCAUACAAUCUGCUAGAUAGCUUGACUAUGAAUAUACAGAAUGUCAUAAGCACUCGAUAUCAGUUAGACAGGAGUAGGCUAUUGGGAGUUCUUUUAAGCACACAACCUUGCAGUUCAUCCGUAUUCAGUAUUUUUGGAGCUGGCAAGGGAUCUUGUUGGGUUCCUUUUGACAUGUUUAUGGAGAAUGCAAUGGAUGGGAGACAUCUUCAUGCCAUAUCAUCAGUUGAAUUUUUAACAGAACUCUCCAAGACACUUCAAGUGUUAAAUCGGGCAACCUGGCAAGAGACCUUUCAAGCUUUAUGGAUUUCAGGUCUGCGGCUGGUACAACGAGGCCCAGAAGCUUUGGAAGGACCAUUUCCUCAUCUUUAUUCACGAUUGUGCAUGUUGUUAGCUAUUAUCCCCUUGUCUGUCGCAACUAUUGUGAAGGAAGAGGUGGACAAACUGGAUGGUGGAAUGGUAUCUGCUAUAAAAGAAGAAUUAGUGUCUUCACUUCAGAUUCUGGUGCAAUUUUCUGGUCUUCUUUCACCUCCUCCAGCUACUGUGCAUUUCGCAAAUACUGCAGCUAGGAAAGCUGCAAUUGUUCUAUCUAAUUUGAAAAGUGGGAAUGAGAACUUGUAUGGUUAUUCCAAAGAUAGUUCCGCUAUUAAAGCAGUAGGAAAUAUGCUACACCUCAUCGUGGAGGCCUGUAUUGCAAGGAACUUAAUUGAUACAUCCGCUUAUUUCUGGCCUGGCUAUGUGGUUCCACUUGAAGCAUCUUCUCAAGCCCAGGAAUCUCCAUGGUCAUCUUUAACAGAAGGGUCUCCACUUGUGGAACUCAAGGAUGCACUUAUGGUUACUCCUGCUUCAAGUGUAGCAGAGUUGGAGAAAUUGUACUCUUUUGCAGUAAGUGGGUCAGAGGAGGAGAAGUUGGCAGCUUCGAAGGUUUUGUGUGGGGCGUCACUUCUUCGUGGUUGGAACAUUCAGGAACAUGUCGUCCAAAUAGUGCUUAAGUUGUUAUCAUCAUUCCUCCCUCUGGAUUCCGGAUCAGAUGGGAGAUAUGUACAGCACAUGCCUAUGCUGCAUGCUCUCAUAUCCGGGAUUUCUUCUGUUGAUGCUGUUCAUAUUCUCUCAAUGUAUGGCCUGGUGCCAGAAGUAGCAGCUAUGUUAAUGCCUCUCUGUGAGAUUUUUGGAUCCUUACCUCCAUCUGAUCAUAGGAGUUGUAACUUUGAAAAGGCUUCGGUGUACUCAGUAUUCUCAUCUGCUUUCCUAUCCCUGCUUCGCUUGUGGAAAUUUCAUAGACCCCCUAUUGAGAAUGCUUUAUCAAGACAUGGAGUCUUUGUUAGGUCAGAGCUCAGUUUGGAUUUUCUCUUAUUAUUACGUAAUAGUCGUUCUGCUUUGAAAAACCUAUCUAAUGUUAGUAAGUCAAGCAUAUUUCAAUUAGAUCCAUCGCUUCAAAAGCCGGUAUAUAUUGACUCAUUUCCAAAGCUAAGGGCGUGGUACUUCCAGAACCAGGCUUGCAUAGCUUCUACUCUUUCUACUGUUUACAAUAGGCCAAAUGUCCUCCAUGUGGCAAACAAUAUACUGAAAAUUAUAUGCCAUAAAGUUCCAAAAGAUGGCAUCCUGUCUGUAAAUCCUCAGUCAACAUCAAAUUCCAGUAUGGGUAGUAGUCCACCUCCAGGUGUACCAGAAGAUAUGUGCCAGUGGCCAACACUUCCUGCAUGGGAUGUUCUGGAAGCCAUCCCUUUUGUGCUUGAGGCUGUAUUAACUGCAUGUGCUCAUGGGAGGCUUUCGUCCCGUGAUUUGAUUACAGGUCUAAGAGAUCUUGCAGAUUUCCUGCCUGCUUCACUUGCUGCUAUUGUCAGCUACUUUUCAGCAGAAAUUACCCGUGGCAUAUGGAAGCCAGUUAUGCUGAAUGGAACGGACUGGCCAAGUCCAGCUGCCACACUUCCAGUAGUUGAAUCCGAGAUAAAUGAAGUUCUUGCAAAGGCUGGUGUUAAUAUCAACAUCUCUUCUCGACCACGUUCAGUGAUGCCAAUGCUGCCAUUGCCAAUAGCAGCCCUAAUCAGUUUAUCGAUAACAGUUAAGAUGGAGGAAUUUAGCCACCUACAUGGAAUCAUUGGCCAAGGAAUUGAAAUUUGUGCAACAUCUAGUUCAUGGCCAAGCAUGCAAAUUAUAGGUGCAUUGUGGUCCCAGAAAGUACGGCGCUGGCAUGAUUUUAUCAUCCUGGCAUGUUCGCAAUCUCCCUUCACUCGAGAUAAUACCGCGGUAUCUCAACUGAUCAGGAGUUGCUUCACAUCUUUCCUUGGGCCUUUGGUUGAUGGGCGUUCCUGCUAUGUAGCAAACAGAGGAGUCGCUGAUUUGCUGGGGAAGACUCUUGAUGAAAGAGCUAGGCUUGUUGUUGCGCCAGGGUUUCUUUACAUGAGAUCUUGCCGGUUAUUUCCAGACAACAAUUUUGUUUGUGAAGAGAUUUUGAAGGUGGUCAUUGAGAGAGCACGUGCGCUAGCGAAUGAUUGUAGUUCUGAAAGACCUGGUCAUUUGAGAUCAGACUGCAUGCCACUCUCAGCUGCCUCAUCCUUGGUAGAGCAGAUAUCAUCUCUUGCAGCAACUAUGCUUUGUCAUGCUGGUGGGUUAAAUUUGAUCCGUCUCCUGUAUGAGCAUAUUCUCCCCACUCUGCUGCUUUCAGCGGGAGAAGAUAAGCUUGGUUCUGCUGGUCAUGUAUGCAGCUUAUUUGAAGGAUAUGCGCUAGCAUACGUUCUCCUUUGGUCUGGUGCCAGCAUCUGGGGAGUCGGAGAAACCUCGCCAGCAUAUGCUUCAAUUUACACAUCAAAAAGGCAGCGGAUUGUGGAUAGGCACUUGGAGUUCAUGGCCAAGGUAAUGGAGGGUAACAUUGUCCUGGGCUGCGGUGAGACCACUUGGAGGUCCUAUGUUCUUUGUUUCGUUGGCUUGCUGGUUGACUUUGUGCCAGCAUGGAUUCUCGAAGUCAAGCUGGAGACACUUCAGAAAUUGGCAUCUGGGCUUCGGAAAUGGCACAAGGGUGAUCUAGCCCUCUCUUUGCUUGAGCGAGGGGGAAACAAGGCUGUGACUUCGGUGGUUGAAUCGCUUUUGGGAUACGCUGGUGCUCAAUUUUCAGUAUAGUUGUCUAUAACAGCUUAGUCAACAUGUUACUACUACGAUAGCUUAACAGGAGCUUGCUUGUCCAUAUUGUCGAUCAGCAAAGGCUAACACUAAAGAGGGAGACGCCCAGCAGGCAGUUGUUUAUAACUUUAUAUAGCCAUUCAUGUCAUUAAGGAGAUUCUUAUUAUGGCGGCUAUUCAUGUCGAAUGUAUAAAAUGUAUGCAACCAUGCGAGCUAUUCAGUACUUAGAAAAUGUCUUCUGCCA